AUGCUGGAUACAAACACAUUGCGAUCGGGAACGGAUGCUCAAGAAGUCUUCGAUGAUGAAGACCCACUACUGGCGUUACUGAGAUCACAGAGUGACCCAGAGGCAAACACCGACUUACCACACUCCACAACAGCUUACAAGGGUGAUGAAUCUCCGAGGAAGCCAAGAAUAUCCUGGCCGAAAACGUCAGACAAGAAAGCAUGGAAAGACCUGGACGAUGACCUUCAUGCAAUACUGGAGACAGCACUCCAAGGAGCAGUUGAGAGAAAGCUGGUUGCUUUAACCAACCUUGUCUACACAGUUGGGAAAGAAAGAUUCGGUCUGACUAUCCAGAAAACCACCAAGAAACCUGUACAGAUGAAUAGAAGGCAGCGACAGAUAAAGGGCAUCAGGAGUGAACUGAAGGUUUUGCGAAGGAGAUAUAGGCAUGCCAGGGAAGAAGAAAAGCCAGGGCUGAAGCAGUUAAGAGACAGCCAGAGGGAACAACUUUUAAACCUAUGCAAGGCAGAACAACUUCGUGAGAAAAGAAGGAAAAAGGCCAAACGUCGUGCUGAGUUCAUUGCAAAUCCAUUCAAGUUCUCUAAUAACCUGCUAAACAAAGAGAAAUCGGGCAAGCUAGAGAGCAGCAUGGAAGAAAUUACACAGUUCCUAACUGAAACGCACUCUGAUGAUAUCCGAGACGUACCGUUAGGCAACUGCCAGAGAAUAGAACCAGUACCAGAACCCACAACACCUCUAGAUACCAAAGAACCUGCACUGAAAGAGGUUUCAGAAGUAGUUCAAAAGGCAAGAGCAGGGUCGGCCCCAGGACCAAAUGGUAUCCCUUACAAGGUGUAUAAGAUGUGCCAUAAACUUCUACGACGCUUAUGGAAUCUUCUGAAAGUGGUUUGGAGGAAAGGUAAAGUUCCGGAUUGUUGGCAACAGGCAGAAGGAAUAUUUACACCAAAGGAAAAGGAUUCGAAGACCGUCACCCAAUUCAGAACCAUUUCCUUACUGAACGUUGAGGGGAAAAUCUUCUUUGCUGUGCUGGCCAAGAGAAUGACGAAGUAUCUGACAUCAAACCAAUACAUUGAUACCUCAGUGCAAAAGGGAGGCGUCCCAGGGUUCUCUGGAUGUGUGGAACAUACAAGCGCCCUCAGUCAGAUCAUCAGGGAAGCAAAGAUUAACCAAAAAGACCUCACUGUUGUCUGGCUUGACCUUGCCAAUGCGUAUGGCUCCAUACCACACAAGCUAAUUGAGACCGCACUGAAGCACUACCACAUCCCAGACCAUGUGCAACAGAUUAUCAAUGGGUACUUCAGUAACAUACAACUACGGUUUGCUGUACUGUAG